AUCACCACUUGAUUUGGAAUUAACUUACUUUUUGAGUGUUUGGGUUCUCAGUUUCCCAAGUAAAAUGAGAUCUUGACUUCCAUAUUUUGUUACAAUUCCUUCACUAUCACCCUAUAUGGUGCAAUAAACUAUAUUUGACCUGAAUUCAAGGCACUUCUUCCUCAAUUUUCCCAAAAUAACAAUGGUUAUCCUGGUUUGAUUCAUCAAAUCUCAUGAUUCCUAAGAUGGAUGUUCUUUAGGAGCUGAUCUGCUAUAUUGUCUUAUAUAAUGGCAAGAAAGCUGUCUUAGCAGCACAAUUACAAAGAGGCACAGAUCUAAUGAUGUGAUGAUUCUUCAAUGGCUAAGAAGAAGAGCUGGAUUAGUCUGGUGAAGAAGUUCUUUCUCUUAGAGGCACAGCCAAAGCAAGAAAAGAAGGAGAAGAGAAGAAAAUGGUUCUUUGGAAGGUUUAGGACCAAAAAGGUACCCUCCAUUGGGGCACCAUUGCCAUCACAAGAAAGGACAUUGAGUGAGGCAGAGGAAGAGCAUAGCAAGCAUGCUCUCACAGUUGCCAUUGCAACUGCUGCUGCUGCUGAAGCAGCUGUUGCAGCUGCUCAGGCAGCAGCGGCCGAGGUCGUUAGACUCACCGGCACUCCUCUGUCCACCCAUCAAUGUGAGAAAGAAAUAGAAGAGCUUUCAGUUUUAAAUGUUCAAGCUGAUGAUCCUCAAUCUGCACAUCAAUGUGACAAGGAGACACAAGAGUCUGCUGCAAUAAAAAUUCAGACCGUCUUUCGAGGUUACCUAGCGAUGAAAGCGUUGCGAGCAUUGAGAGGGAUAGUGAGGCUGCAAGCAAUUAUCAGAGGCCAAGCUGUACGACGCCAAGCGAUCACUACUCUUAAGUCAUUGCAGUCCCUUGUAAAUAUCCAGUCACAGGUCUGUGCUAGGAGAAAAGUGGUGGAAAAGACUUGGUAUUAUGAUGUAACUAAACAUUCUCAAAAUUUGAAAGACAAGAUUAUUAAGAUGGACACAAACAGUCAAAAAAGAUGGAAUGACAGCACUCUUACUAGAGCAGAAGCAGAUGCCUUAUCAAUGAGCAAGAAAGAGGCAUUGAUCAAGAGAGAACGUAUAAAAGAGUACUCGUUUAAUCAUCGCAAUUCAGCAGAAUCGGAACGAGAAAAGGUGAACGGACGGUGGAGGUACUGGUUAGACAAUUGGGUGGAUACACAGCUUUCUAAGAGCAAGGAACUUGAGGAUUUGGAUUCAGUCUUGACUACAAAUCCAAAGCCAAGAGUGGAAUAUAGAGGAAAGCAACUUAGAAUUAAAAGUCUCAACAGACAGUACAACAUUGAAGGAUUGGACUCUCCCUUAUCAGCACAUAAAAGAUCAUUUCAUAAGAAGCAAUGUUCAUUGGGGGGAGGAGAAGACAAUUCUGCUUCUGGCUCUCCUGUUGUUCCAACUUACAUGGCAGCAACCCAAUCUGCCAAAGCAAAGGCAAGAUCUUUGAGCUCGCCAAAGCUAAGGCCGGGGAGUUUUGAUGCUUAUUCUGAUAGCUAUUCACCAUGUAAACAUAGGCUCUCCCUUAUAUCUUCUGUUGCAAGUGAAGCACCAAAUAUUACUGGUAGAUUUGGCAGGCAUGGUGUUUAUCAGCAAAGAUCUCCAAGCUUGAAGGGCCUUCCCGGUCCGGUAAAAUCAAGCCGGACAAUAAAGGAUCUCAGCUUUGAUUCAGAGUACUCAUUGCCUACUUGGGAUCCAUAAAAUCUAAUAUUCUGUGCAAGAAGAGUGACUGGUUAGUGUGUUGGUUUGUUUGAUUUGAGCUUUAUAGUUUGUAAGUAGAGUUAGUAAAUAUGAAGUGAUGAUUGAUUGAUCAAUAUAUGACAUUCUAUCAUCAAACAGUAUAUAUAUAUAGUUGCAAACUAUGAAUUUCUAUGUUGAUGUGAA